AUGGCGAGCCAUGCGCCUUCCGACAUCAUCGCCACGCUUCCGAGUGAAGUCCUCGGCAUUAUUGUCCAUCACUGUGACGAUGGAGAUCUCGGCAAUCUACGCCUGAGCUGCAAGACCCUCGGCACCGCCGCCACUCAGCCCUUCGGUCGCCGCUGUCUCGCGGAGCGCCGUUUUGUCUUCGCCGAGUACAGCAUGCAAGGCUUGGUUGACCUCACCGUACAUCCCGUAUUUUCACCAUGUGUGCGCAGUCUUAGUUUCGGAAUCUGUAGACUCGAAAUGCCCAAGUAUGAACCUGCAAGUACAGAUGCCAGCCGCCAAAAGUUGAGCGAGUUAGUCGACAAGAACAACGACUUUGUCCACUCAGGCACUCACAUGCUCAUGCUAGUGCAAGCUCUACAGAAUCUGAAAGCUCAUGGAAACCUUCAGGUCAGUCUAGGUAUCUUUGACGAUACAAACAAGCACCAUUACGGCGAGCCGCUCUACAAAGGUUAUGGUCACGAUGCUGCGUACACCACAUUCUCCCCUACGUCGUGUGAGGGCAGGAACACACUGGUCGCCGUGAUCAAUGCUACGGUCAUGAGCAACUACCGUCCCGUGGGUUUGCAAAUCAAGUUAACCAUCGAUGCGGACAUUUUACCCGAGCUCAUGGAGGACCCAGUCGUCUAUGAAUACCUCACCACAUCCAGUGGUAGCCUGAACCCAAAGAUGGACAUUUGCAUAGACACCAGAAAAGGCGGGGACGAGCGCCGCCUUUACGUUGCCACGAAAGCAUCUCGCCUCGAAGUGGCACAUCACAAUCUCGAAGAUUGGGACGAAAGGUGGACUAUGCUUGGAGAAUAUACCUAUGGACGCUUCUAUCACGCCUUGAAGCAAACCGCCAUCAUAUCUGUAAACAUCAAAGACUCCGAUACCAGCAUGCCUGGCUUCUCCGAUUCACUCCGAGGAUGGGAAUCGAGUCUGCGCCACCUUAUCCUUUCGAACUUGCAGGUAUACGACAUUUCUGACGGCAAUCAUAAGCUUACGUCUGCUCUUGCAUUCUUCCGCUACAUCAGAGACAACUUGAGACUCAACAUCUUAGAGAUGGAACAGGUCUCAAUAGAAACCGAAACACGUACAACAGAGAUUCCGAUUCUUCAAGAAACUAUCUCAUGGUCAGGCCGAGAUGAAAUUCGUGAGGGACUGGACUCCAUCAUUGCUUACUUGGUGGCAAUGACUCAGUCAGAUGCAGAUGAGGAGGAAUGAGUAGUAUUAUGCUAAGCUUCAAAAAGCUGGAGCAAAGCUCAAGCUGAUGUUGCUUGGGGGAGAUAGAUCAAAAGUACUUCGUACAAAUCGAUCAACCUCCAUAGAGAGCAAUGUAAUAAUAGCGACA